CAAGAGAACAGCACAUCUCGUCAGAUGGUGGGUAAGGAAAAGGAGGGCUUCUGCAAGCGGGCAAUCUGCUGCGUGCCUCGCAUGUGCAUCACCAAGCCAAACAUCCCGGCCGCCGCCUCCUUUGCCAUCACGUGGAACACCGUCGUGCUCAUCAUCGGUGUGAUCAACGUCAUCUUUGAGCAAACAGACGACGUGUUUGACGACGCCGAGGCCUGGCGGUCCGGCAUCGGCCAGAUCUGCAUCGCCGGCGUCGGGCUGAUCGGCGGCCUUGUCGCCCGAUGCUGCGAUGGCCGUGUCGCCCUGCUCCUGGCCCUCGUCUGCUCGUGCGCGGCCUUCGCCGGAUACGGCAUCUGGGCCGCCCUCACAAUCGUUUGGACCAUCGAGGACGUCGAUGACAUCGAAUGGCGCGCCCGUUCGCUCGCUCGCUCACAGAUCAGUCUAGCCCCACUCUCUCUGACACUCGCGGUGUGUCUGUGACACCGUGCAGUUAUGCGAUGCGCUCCCCCCUUGGCCUUGCUCGUUGGAGUCUCAGCGCUCGCCUCUCCCUCGCCUCUCGCCUCGUGGUGUGCGGCCAGGUGUACUGCUACUGGUCGCUGCUCCACUUCCUAGACACUUCGAUCCUAGGCACUUCCUAGACACUUCCUAGACACUUCCUCGACACUUCCUCGACACUUCCUAGACACUUCCUAGACACUUCCGAGACACUUCCUAGACACUUCCAGGUACUGGUCGCUGCUCAACUUCCUCGCCGCCUUCUUCAUGGCGGUCGCCUUCAUCAACCACGGCGUCCUCAGCUACCUGCUCGCCGCAGACGUCUUUUGCCCCAAAGAAUUCCACGCGCGGGGGUCGUCUGGCCGUGGGCCGUCGAACGUAUAAGUUUCGGCGGCCGCGAGGCGAACCCUCUGCACAACCCUACCCUUAUGAGUGCCCCUGUCUCGUCUUUAUAGGCGCCGAACGGCCGCGGGUCUAAUGAGUUGUCUAUGUCUCAGCGGCUGUGAGAGAAGUGGCUGCUGCGGCGGUGCGGGCUCGGUCAUGACU